CAGGAAAUAGCACCUCCUGCACGUAGGAAAUUCUAUGCCUACAACUAUGAUUACAAUCCCAACAAGUUUAGAGCUGCAAGGAAAUUCCCUGCAACUUCAAACUUGAUGUAGGGACACACACCAUUAACUACUCCGGACCCAAACUUAAUUGGGUACCAAAAUCUUCCUCCUCCUAAUGCAGGAAGCCGCUAAGUACCCAGGUGUCUGGUACUUAGACAGUGGCUGCUCAAGACACAUGACAGGUGAUGCGAGCCUUUUGAGCAAUCUAAUUCCCUAUGAUGGUCCAAGAGUUACUUUUGGAGGAAGCAAUGAUUUUGGCCUUACUAAAGGGCUAGGAAAUCUGGUGUACAAAGGACUAACCAUCCAAGCUGUAUCUUAUGUUGAAGGUCUCAAUUAUAACCUUCUUAGCAUAAGUCAGUUCUGUGAUAAAGGUUACUCCUUGGAAUUCUGCAAGGACAUGGCAUCUCUCAAGAACAUCUCCACAAAUGAAGUCAUUCUCACUGGGAAAAGAAUCAGAAACAUCUAUGAAGUGAUAUGGGACGAUGUCAAGGAAGCAUGUCUAAUCAGCAAAGGUGACACUAACCUUCUAUGGCUUUGGCAUAAGAGAAGAAAUUGGGAGAAAAGCUUCACCUUCCCAAUUCUGGAGUUGAAAUUGGGAGAAAAGCUUCACCUUCCCAAUUCUGGAGUUGAAAUUGGGAGAUUUCCAGCCAAAAAUCUGGACUGGAACGUUAUUGGAAUUUCUGGGCAAGCUCCUUCUGGCCCAGCGAAGAAAGCAUAUCUGAACAACGACUACAAGUUAGUUUUGGAACUGGUCAUCGCUUGCCUCGAGUGUGGAAGUGGAGGUCAUGCCGAUGACAUCACGCAGGAGAGAGCCUUCAUCAUCAACGCUCUCAUUACCAAAUCUAAGGUAAAUUGUGCUGCACACUUCUUCAAAUCCAUCUCAAAACAUCUAGGAAAGCACAAUCAGAAGUACCUUUGUCAAGGUCUGUACAUUGGACAUAUUUUGGAGUCUAUGGGUGCUGCUUCUAAAGGAAAGAACCAAGAGAAAGCAUGUGGUGUCUCCCUCUCCAGUGUUGAAGCACCACAGAACCUUGCUCUGGUCAAUCUUGAAGAAGUAGAAGAAGUCUCUGACCAAGGAGAACUUCAAAGGAAGAAGAAGAGGAAAAUCACCUCUCCUUCAACAUCUGGAAAUGUCAACUCGGAUAACUUGAAGGAGAAGGAACCUGCUGAGGAAAUCUCUGCCCAAAACCGGAGUCCUCAACAACUUGAAGAAGAAGAAAUUCCUCAAGUCCAAAGCCUUCCAACCCCCUCACCUCAACCUCAAACAGAUGAUGCUGAUACCACUUCUGGCAGCUCUACUAUGAUUGGAAAGCCUGGAAAUCUACAAGGCAGUCUUCUCAAAAGCCACAAAGAACAAGUGGUUCUCACUUCUAAAGCACAAGCUGACUUGGAAGCAACAACUGAGGAGUUCCAAAUAUUUCCGGAAACCUCACCUGCCUUUGAAAUGGUUCUGACUGAAGCUGUCCAAGAGAAGGCAGCCUCUCCCCCACAAGAACAGAACCAGAAAACAGCAGAAGAAGAAGAAUUUCAGCAACUAAUCCAAUCUCAAGUUUUAGAUACUCUCACAACUCCUUGUGAGAUCUCCAAUCCUACUGAAACUGAGAUCCCGGAGAAGUCAGCAGAAAUUCCGGAGCAGUCAACUUUUCCAGAAACAAAUGAAGAGGAGCAAGCUGUAGAAAAUGAAGCUGAAGAAAGAGACUCCCUCUCUAGGGAUAUAUCAAAUUUUAUCCUUGAUGAAGCAGAGGAAGAAUCUGAAAGAACGCUGAGAAUCAAUGAUGAAGAAGAUGUGCAAGAAGAUGCUGAAUCUCUUCCUAUGCAACUCUUCCAAAGAACACCAUCUUCUCAUCAGGUAACCAACUUUCAUUUUCAUAGCUCUUCCAUCCCUACACUUCCGGAUGAGAAGGUCCAAGGGCUGAUUGAAUCAGCCCUAGCAUCUCAACAUGCCUCCUUUAGGCAAGAGAUAGAGCAAAUGGAAGUCAGGUACACCAAGCUGAUAGAGAAAUCUGAAAAGAAACACAGCGCAGAUCUCAAAGAAAUAAGCAAGUCAGUGCACAAGACUCUAGAGAUCAUCUCUCUAUUGAGUAAAACUGUGAGCAACACGAUGGAGACAUAUGCAUCUGACAGAUAUCUUCAACUCAAGGAUGCUAACAAGAUCAAAGAACAAAUAGCAAGUGUCACAGUUGGUCUACAAAAACAAAUGUCUCUUCUCCAAAUGGACAUCAGAUCAGCCCUGGCAGUAUCUUCAGCAAAUCAGGUAGUGACCAAAGACUACUUGAAGGUGAUCAUUGACAAUCAUAAGGAAGCAUUCAAACUGUUCAGACUUCUUGGCGCAAAGUCUGGAAAUCGCAAGAUGGAAGUGAUUCUUCAACAACACAGUCCAUCCUUGAUAUCAGAACUCCCCAUUGCAGUCAAAGAAGGAGAAGUCUCUUAUAUCCCUUCUCAUCUGAACAUGACUAAUCUAAUCCUUGAAGCACAGCAAAGAAAUCCGGAGAAAUCAGCACAGCACCUAUCCAGCUCAGGAUUGGAUGGAACAGAGGCUGUAGGAACAAUUGCUGCUCAUUUCCCAAAUGAUGAUCAAACAGAGGAAAGACGCAACAAUAUAAGGCGCAUCAAAGAACUGUGUGGAAACAUGCAAGAGGAAAGCGAAGAUGAGCAAGAAGAAGACGCCCAAUCAGAAGUUCCUUCUCCCACCAUGAGAAAAAACAACCAAGAGAAGUCUUCCUCUGACUUCAAGGUUGAAAUACCAACCUUCGAUGGAAAAGAUGACCCGGAUGAUUUCAUCAAAUGUUUAGAGACGAUUGAACGCAUCUUUGACUAUACCGAAGUACCUGAGGACAAGAAGGUCAAGCUUUUGGCCUUAAAAUUCAGAGGCUACGCAUCUACAUGGUGGACUAACACUACCACCAAGCGCAAAAGAGAAGGUAAGGCUGUUGUUAAAACAUGGACCAAGAUGAGAGUUUUGUUGAAGAAGAAGUUCAUUCCCACUCAUUAUAUAAGGGAAAACUUUGCUAGGCUUCAACGCCUAAGGCAAGGAAAUCAGUCCGUAGAAGAAUACAACCGAGAGUUUGAAGAACUAUUAAUGCGGUGUGAUCUCCAAGAAAAUGAAUUACAAACCUUUGUGAGAUACCUCUUUGGCCUAGACAUCCAAAUCGCCAACACCGUGGAGCAGCAAACCUUUGAGAGCCUUGAAGAGUUAACCAAGUUAGCACUUAAAGUGGAAGCUCAACUCAAGAAGGGCAAAUCUUCUUUGAGCCGUGCCAAUUCUUCCUCCCCAAGUACAUCAACUUCCACCCCCCUUGCUGACCAAAACCCCACGGCCCCCUCCCCUCAAAAUCCUAAAACCAUGCACACUAUUUCCUCACCAAGUGCUCCUCUUCUUUCAAAACCGAGUUCAUCAAAUAGCCAAAUACAAAAGUCUUUUCGUUGCCAAGGCAUUGGUCACUAUGCUAGUGACUGCCCAAACAAGAGGAUCAUGGCUAUUGUCGAAUGUGAAGAAGAAGAAAUGAAUCCAUUUUGGGUUCAAGGAGAGUUGAACGAAGGAGAAGAAAUUGUCGGCCCCGAAAAAGCAACCUACCCGGUAGGUUCAUCUUUCACGCUUGGAAAGACCCUCACCGGCCGCGCUGUUACUAUGGCCGCAGAAACUCCGGAAGCCUUGACAUCCUCCGACGCUGCCGCCGCCGCCGCCGCCGCUGCGUCCGCUGCCGCUGCCGCCUCCGCCGCGGUAGAGGGUAGGGUGAGCAGAGAAACCGUGGAGAAGGCCGUUACCGCCCUGCUCAAAUGGAAGGAGUCACAAUCGGAGCACCAAGCGCCGCAGCUACUACCACAAGACGAGUUCGUCUACCUCAACAUCACCCUCAAGCGAAUCCCCUCGAAGGCGCGCACCAAUCCUUUCCGUGUUCCUCUCCCGCACCCCCUCUAUGACCAAUCAUCCGAGCGUUGUGUCAUCAUCGACGACCGUCCUGGCUCCAAUCUGACUUCAGAGAAGGCGAAGAAGAUUAUAAAGUCCCAGGGCGUGACAGUAAGCAAGGUCUUGAAACUCUCUAAGCUGAGAACAGAUUAUAAGGCGUUUGAGGCAAAAAGGAAACUCAUGGGUUCCUAUGAUUUCUUCAUGGUGGAUAACAGGAUUGUUCAUUUCCUUCCUAAGCUUUUGGGAAAGCACUUUUUCAAGAAGAAGAGGUUGCCUUUGCCUGUCGACUUGACAAAGAAGGAUUGGAAGGCUCAGAUUGAGAGGGCAUGUGCUUCUGGAUUGUUUUUCAUGUCAACUGGGACUUCUAGUGUGAUGAAGGUUGGGAGGCUGUCAAUGGAGAGUGGAGAGAUUGUUGACAAUGUGAUGGAGGCAAUCAAUGGUCUUGUUGACUAUGUUCCCAAGAGAUGGGACGGUUUGAGGAGCUUUCAGUUGAGACUAGCUGGUUCUGUGGCAUUGCCUAUGUAUCAAGCAUUGCCUGAUUUGAAGUUGAAAAUCAUUGGGGCUGAUGAAGCUGAGACAGCAGUGGAUGCCAAACAGUUGACUGACGGAACCCAGAGGGCAGGUAAGAAAAAGAGGAAAGAUAGGCUUCAUGCAGUACGAUAUAUGGAUGCUGAAACAGGUGGAGUCGAAUUAGAAAGUGAUGAUGAAGAGGUUGAGAAUGAGAAGCAGAAAAUGGAUGUCAAAAUGGGUAAUGCGGAAGAAGACAUUGACGAGGAUAUCGAGGAAAAUGAAAGUGGGAAGAGCAAGGGGCCUGAUUCAGUUCCAGCUAAGCUUAAAGGUAAGAAAGGGGUGAAGGGAAAGAGCAAGAAAUUGAAGAAGGGGGAUGACUUAGAUGUUAAGAAUAAUCCUGAGAGCAACAAAGAUAGUGAGGAAGAUGAGAGUGAGAAGAGCAAGGGGGGUGGUGAUUUGGUUCCUGCUAAGCUUAAAGGUAAGAAAGGGAAGGGAAAAUCUCCGGAAAUUCAAGCUUUGAAUGGUAAGGGAAAGAGCAAGAAGCUGAAAAGGGGGGAUGACUUAGAUGAUAAGAAACAGAAGAAAACAAAGUUGUCUUCAAAGUCUGAAUCUGCAGCGAAGAAGGGGAAACGAAAGGAUUUGGCUGCUAAGAAGUCAAAAGAAGAAGUGAUCAAGCCGAAGAGCAAGAGAAACAAGAGUGAGUGAGGAGAAUGUGGACUACAUAGUUCACAGAUUUUGUGGCAAUGCAGACUCAAAACAGUUCUUUCUGUCAUUGCUGUUUUGUUGCAAUUUUACCUCUCCUACUUUUAUAGGUUCUUUCUUUUCAUUAUUAUCAUCAUCAUCAGUUAUUGGGUUUCAAUAUCAAUAUUGUUCUACAUGUGGAACUUGUGAGGUCUCUCUUGAUCUUCUAUGUUUACUGUUGAAAAUGUCUAAAAAUUUCAGCAUUUUGGCUACCUGUUGCCAAUCAUAUAUGCUCAUGAAACUGUUAUUUUC